AUGCCAAUUAAAGAAUUUGUUGGGCUACGAAGUAAGAUGUAUUCAUAUGUGAAAGAAAAUAAUAAAAAUGAGAAGACGGCGAAAGGAAUCAGAAAACAUGUGAUACAAAAAGAGAUAACACAUGAGAAUUAUAAAGAUUGUUUAUUUAAUCGUAAACAACUGUUACAUAAGAUGAAUACGAUUAGAUCAGUAAACCAUCAAAUAGGUAGUUAUAAACUGAAUAAAAUAUCACUAAGCUGUUUUGAUGAUAAACGUUACAUAUUAGAUGAUGGAUGUAAUUCUUGGGCUUACGGUCAUUUUAAGAUUAACCAGCAAUUUUAUGAAAAUAUUUGUGAUGGUUAUUAA